CUCCCCUCCAUAAGUACCCUACACCCACUGCCAUUCCUCUUCAUACCCACCGCUACCAGCCACCGUUACUCCAGCAAAGUACAGUGAAGCAUGACUAAAAUGGUAAUCACCGGCGGCAUUGUCUUCCUCAUUAUCACUCUAUUGUCGGUAACCGAAGCUAGAAUCCCCGGAAACUACGCCGGCGGGGCAUGGCAAGGUGCUCAUGCUACCUUCUACGGCGGCAGUGAUGCUUCCGGCACUAUGGGAGGUGCUUGUGGAUACGGCAACCUAUACAGCCAAGGCUACGGCGUUAACACGGCGGCGUUGAGCACAGCGUUGUUUAAUAACGGACUUAGUUGCGGUUCUUGCUUUGAAAUCAAAUGCACCAACGACCCACGGUGGUGCCACCCCGGAAGCCCCUCUAUCUUCAUCACCGCCACCAACUUCUGCCCACCGAAUUUCGCCUUACCAAACGACAAUGGUGGUUGGUGCAACCCUCCCCGUACUCACUUUGACCUCGCCAUGCCCAUGUUUCUUAAAAUUGCAGAGUAUCGUGCCGGAAUCGUCCCCGUCUCUUACCGCCGAGUCCCUUGUAGGAAGGCAGGCGGGAUUAGGUUCACAAUUAACGGUUUCCGUUACUUCAACUUGGUUUUGAUCAGCAAUGUUGCGGGUGCGGGUGAUAUUCAAAAGGCAUGGGUGAAAGGAACAAAGACUAAUUGGAUGAGCAUGAGCCGUAACUGGGGUCAAAACUGGCAAUCUAACGCUGUUCUUACAGGUCAAUCCCUCUCUUUCAGGGUUACAGGCAGUGACCGACGUACCUCCACCUCAUGGAACAUUGUUCCCGCCAAUUGGCAGUUCGGUCAAACCUUCACCGGGAAAAAUUUCCGAUUUUAG